AUGGCCGACCAUGUCGAAAAGAACAAUCUCCAGGGUCAGCUGAAAUACAAUCUCUUCGUCGGUGCAUCGUCAGGUGCGGAGACUGAGAAUCGAUGGGCACGUCUCAACAUGAUCGAGCGCCGGUCGCCGCAUCAAGUCGGUAAGGAGAUCGCCAAGGGUAUCAACAAUGGCAACAUCAACUUCUUCGACAAACAUCUGAAACUCCACGAAGAGGAAACGGUGCUGAUUCCGAGUAGCUUCUACACAUUGAACAAGCCCCACAACAAGCUCGAUGUGACCAUCGUGGAAGCGUCGGCCAUUACCGAGGAUGGUGGGAUCAUUCCAGGAGCCAGUGUUGGUGCAUCACCUGAACUGAUCCAGAUGGCGGAUAAAAUCAUCAUCGAAGUCAACACCGCAGCGCCCUCUUUCGAAGGCCUACACGACAUCACCAUGACCGAUCUUCCGCCGCGCCGAAAGCCUUACCUCAUCAUGUCCCCAGAAGAUCGCAUCGGUACACCGCACAUUCCUGUUGACCCAGAGAAGGUUGUGGCUAUCGUAGAAAGCGACUACCCCGAUCAGACCCAGCCCAACGCCGCCGAGGAUGAAACCUCAAGGGCUAUCGCUGCGAACUUGAUUGAGUUCUUGAAGCACGAGGUCAACCAUGGUCGUCUGCCAGAGAACCUCCUGCCCAUUCAGUCUGGUAUUGGAAACAUUGCCAACGCUGUUGUUGGUGGACUUGCAACACAGUCCGGUGGCGCAAACUUUAAGAACCUCAAGGUAUGGACCGAAGUCCUCCAAGACUCCUUCCUGGACCUCUUCGACUCUGGCAACCUGGACUUCGCGACGGCAACUUCGAUCCGUUUCUCUCCCGACGGCUUCCACCGCUUCUACGAGAACUGGGAUCGCUACGCGCCUAAGCUGCUACUCCGCUCCCAGCAAGUCUCCAACUCUCCCGAGAUCAUUCGACGUCUCGGUGUCAUUGGCAUGAACACACCUGUUGAGGUCGACAUCUACGCCCACGCCAACUCAACCUGUGUCAUGGGAAGCCGUAUGCUCAACGGUCUUGGUGGAUCCGCCGACUUCCUUCGCUCCUCCAAAUACUCCAUCAUGCACACCCCCUCAUCGCGUCCCACAAAGACCGACCCCACUGGUGUGUCCUGCAUCGUACCCAUGUGCACGCACAUCGACCAGACAGAGCACGACCUCGACGUCAUCGUCACGGAGCAAGGUCUCGCUGAUGUUCGUGGUCUCUCACCCAAGGAGCGUGCCCGCGUCAUCAUCAAGAAGUGCGCUCACCCCGACUACGUACCCAUCUUGGAGGACUACUUCAACAAGGCGGAGUUUGAGUGCCUGAGGAAGGGCUGGGGCCAUGAGCCGCAUCUGCUGUGGAACAGCUUCGAUAUGCACAGGCAUCUGAAUGACCAUGGCACUAUGAAGCUGCCCAAGUGGGACUACAAGAGUUAG